CAGUCACGCAUUGUAUUUUCCUAAUUUCCCGAUACAUUUUCUUAGCAACCAAACGCAUACUCUCAUUCUCUGAGGGUUUAUGAGUUUCGACUCUGCGUAUUGCUUUUAUGAACAAAAAGCGUUUCCUUUUUUCGUUAGGUAACUUGUUCUGCAAGUUCCAUCAUAGCUCAGCACCUUCUUCUUCGCGAAAUAUCUCCAUCGUGUGAUUGUGGAAAAAGGGUUAAUUGCGUGGGCAUAUAAAGCUCAAUUUGAUUGCGAGUUUUGGUAAAAGGCUGUUUGGAGGGGCACAAAGUCUUGGCGUACAAUUGGCUUCUACAUUAGUGUUCAAUUGCAUGACAAUUACUUUUGGAACAAUCAUGGCUCCUCAUCCAAGAGUCAUUAAGGCUUAUAAUGCUAUGAGAUCCUUAGGAAUUUCUGAUGAAGAGGUGAAACCGGUGUUGAAAAAUUUGUUACAAUUGUAUGAUAGAAACUGGGAACUUAUUGAAGAAGACAAUUAUCGUACUCUUAUAGAUGCAUACUUUGAGUUAAAGGAAGCUAAGCAAACAGAAGGUAAGAGAAAGGCUCCAAUCAGUUAUCUUAAUGGGAGAAAGCCAAAACAGGAACUGCACUUGGUAGAUGGAGAUGACCAGGUUUCAUCAACUGACAACUCCAGUCAAGGGUUGUCUGUAGAAGACUCGGAAAUAACUCCCAACGCAUUUAAACAGAAAAUCAUUAAAUCUUCUCAAACCUCCAUUGUACAUAUGAAGCCCACGAGCAGUUCACAAGCAUUGCAGAGAAUGUCGAGUGAGGUAGAAAGGAUCUCAACUUUACCUUGCAUGCCUGCUAGAGAUAGAAAAUUGCAUCGUGGGAAGGCAUCAGCUGCAGGGCAUUGUGAAGAUCCAAUUGAUGAACCAAGCAAUCCUCGUGUCCAGAGGAAAAAUAUAUCAAAUGAUCAUCAACAGAAGGAGCUGAUGAUACCAAGAACUGAGAAACUUAAGUUACAUCUUGGACCUGUUUCAACGAGUUACAAUGGCUCAGCUAAUGCUUCAAAUGGAAAUUGUUGUGCCAAAUCUCUAUCAGCUCUGUAUCAGAAUGUGCCCAAGAAAGAUGCUACCUCAGCAUGCAAUAAUAGUAAAAGAACUCAGAAGGGUAGUAUUGACAUUGCCUCUUCACCUUUGGGAGAAAUUAAAAUUUCUUUAAACUGCGAAGCUGCUUUGGGACAACCAAACUUCCGUAUUCCUGAUUUGGAUGCUAUCAUGAAAUCCAUUGAGGAGAAAUACCUGAAGGCUCACAAGAUAGUCGAGCCUCAAUCAUCUAUGGUUAAGCUAUUAGAUGAUUUAUGUGGAAUUUACUUGAAGCUGGGCUUGAGUUUAAAUCGAAACGGGUCAACUCCCAAGUCUGCAAAUUCACGCAAUGUGGCAUGUCUGCCACUGCAAGCUGUUACUGAAGAUGACAAGAAUUCCUUUCACUUUCUCGAUGACAUAACAAAAGGUUCCGAGAAUGUUAAAAUAUCACUGUUGGAUGAAACUGGAAGUGAGGACGUGCCUCAGUUUAAUUACAUACCCUAUAAUGUAAUAUAUCAAGAUGCUAACGUCAAUAUUUCACUUGCUCGUAUUGCGGAUGAGGGUUGCUGUGCUGAUUGUGCUGGCGACUGUCUUUCCUUAUCACUUCCAUGUGCAUGUUCUCAAGAAACAGGUGGAGAGUUUGCUUACACUCCACGAGGCUUGUUGAAAGAAAUAUUUUUAAAAGAUUGCAUGUCUAUGAAAUUGGAACCUCUAGAUCAUCAUUUUGUGUAUUGCCAAGAAUGCCCAGUGGAGAGGUCCAGGAAUGACAUCAUGGCCGAACCAUGCAAGGGGCAUCUGGUUAGGAAGUUUAUCAAGGAAUGCUGGAGGAAAUGUGGUUGUGACAUGCAGUGUGGAAAUCGGGUAGUGCAACGGGGUUUAAGAUGUAAAUUGCAGGUGUUUUUGACUCGAGAAGGAAAGGGAUGGGGCAUCAGAACUCUAGAAGAUUUGCCCAAGGGAUGUUUUGUAUGUGAAUAUGCAGGGGAAAUAUUAACCAAUACAGAAUUAUAUGAAAGGAUUAUGCAGAAAAGCGGCAAUGACAGACAUACAUAUCCUGUAACCCUUGAUGCAGAUUGGGGCUCGGAAGGGGUGUUAAAGGAUGAGGAGGCACUAUGCUUAGAUGCAACAUAUAAUGGAAAUGUUGCAAGGUUUAUCAAUCAUAGAUGCUCGGACGCAAAUCUGAUAGACAUUCCAGUUGAAGUAGAGACACCUGAUCGUCACUAUUAUCAUCUUGCUCUCUUCACAAACAGAAAUGUGAAUGCAUACGAGGAAUUGACAUGGGACUAUGGUAUUGACUUCGAUGAUCAUGAGCACCCCAUUAAAGCAUUUAAUUGUUGUUGUGGAAGUGGCUUCUGUCGUGAUAAGAAACAAAAAGGAACUAGAUUAUUGAAAGGUAAAAAACUCAAGGAGAUACAUGCCAGAAAGACGGAGUAGCUAGUUGACACUUCAGCAUUCUUUAUUCGUUGUUUUCAGUUACCAGCUAUUUGCUGAAGAUCGGCAAUAAAUGUUUUUAAACAUCUUAAUAUGCUUGCUGGAGCAGCGAAUGCUGAUAAAAUAGAUGAUUUUUUGCCUGGAAAGUAAGAAGGUGAAUUUAUCUGGGAUUACUUGAAAAAUCCCUAAAUGUAAAUCCUUUCUUGCGUAAUUAUUCAUACCUGAAUGAUCAAAAUUAUUAGUUGGUUUUAUAUGGCUACUU